AUGGGUCGAGAAGAACGUCGUCGCGAUUUUGAGCGUGAGCACGAGCGGCAACGCGAGUUUCAUUGGCGUGAGGAGCUGCGAAGGCAGAACGAAUGCCGACACGUUUCAGAGCUGCAAUUCGAGCUCGAUUGGCAGCAGCGGCAGCAACGGGCUCAGCGUGAAACUGAUCGUCAAGAUGGCAUGGAUCAACGUGGAUCAGACAGUCCGUAUCGAGAGCGUCAGAGCGUGUCAUGCGUGUCCCCCGAUGUGAGCCGAGCACGGAGCGAGCAGGCAGGUAUGGACGAGGAUUUGCUGGGCGACGACGACCAUAUAAAUCAAGAACGGAACCGUCCUUGGUUACCAGGUUCAACGGGCUCUCGCUCUACUGAGUCGUCGGAAGAAGUGGAGUUUUUGACAGCCAACGAGGACGCCCAACUCCCCAUUAUGGUACCACGGCCCAUCAGUGACGAGCUGACGACCUUUAUGUUGAAGCCCUUGUCGGGAGAAGAGUCAAAAGCGAUCUCUAAACGCUUCCCUAUGGUUUUUGAGGACCCAGAUUUCGGUCUGAAACCACCAAAACUCGACGGUUACAUGCAACGGCGAGCCAAAGACAAGGGAGCGUUAAAAGGGGUCAACUCUACGGAGGACGUUCUGAUCACCACCCAGUUAAAGAUCAUGGACAUUGCACCCCCAUUAGUAGAUCUGUUUGCUCGUUUCUCUGCUCCCGGCGGGGGAGAAACUGAAGAGCUUAUUAAAGUCGCGGCGGAAGCGGCUCUACGGCAGUGGGGGCGAGCUUUCCUGCACGUAACAAAGUUGAGGAGACAGGCCGUUGUCAACGCUGUCGAACCCAAGUCUGAGUUUAUUUUGUCAGACCCGGACGUUUUUGCGCCCGGAAGAGAAACUCGAGAGCUCCUGUUUACGGACAGGUUCCUGUCGGUGAAGCUUAAGGAAGCGAAGCAAGAUGCCACCCUGGCUCAACGCGAUGGUUUGGUGAGCGCGACUAAACAGUCCUCGUCCCAGCGUUCUAGGCAGCACGCUAGACGAGUGAUGGUGGAGCGCCCAUCUUUUGUUCCGUCCAGAACGCAUCGGCCGGCACUAGCAGCGGCGCGGGGCCGGGGACGUGGACGCCCAGCUCAGGUCGGACGUGGUCGCGGCAGGCAACGAAACACGUUUACACAAGGACAAAGGUAUUUAACUUUCCCUCUUGUUAAACUCCAGCAUUUUGGGGUAGGGGGUCGUUUGCAAUUCUUUGCGGGGAAUUGGAAACAGAUUACAGAUGAUCCUUGGGUUUUGGAAACGGUUUCCGAGGGGCUUAAAAUAGAUUUCAUUUCAGAACCUACUCGAGGUGCUCUCCCAUUACCCGUGGCUAUGUCAAAGGAAAUGGGGCAGGUUUGCGACGACGAAGUAACUAAUUUGAUCAGCAAGCGGGCGAUAGUGGAAAUUAAAGAUGGUUCAGAGGGCUGGGUUCAUUCCUUUUUCGCGGUGCCCAAAAAAUCCAAAGGUAAAUUCAGGCCCAUAAUAAAUUUAAAGCCCUUGAACAGGCAUAUCCAGUAUGAACACUUCAAAAUGGAGAAUUUGGAAACGGUGCGUUUUCUGCUUCGUCAAGGUGACUGGAUGGUCAAACUUGAUUUGGAAGACGCAUACCUGACGAUACCCGUUCAUCCGGCUUUCCGGAAGUACUUGCGUUUCUUAUGGAGGGAUCGCAUCUUCGAGUUUUCGUGUCUGGCGUUUGGGUUUGCACCAGCACCCAGGGUCUUUACCAAGUUGCUGAAAGUAGUUAUGGCGGUGCUUCGAAAGGAGGGCAUUAGAUUGGUGAUUUAUCUGGACGAUAUCCUCAUCAUGAACGCGUCCAGAAAAAACCUCGGUGCGGACAUCAAAAGGAUUGUUGCUCUGGUUCAGAGCUUGGGUUUUUUGGUGAACUGGACGAAGUCGGUUCUCAAACCCAGUCAGAUUUUGGAGUACUUGGGGCUGAUGGUAAACUCGAAACGAAUGUCCUUUGCGCUACCGGCCGACAAAGUCGCUUCAGUUAGGACGAUGUGCAGUAGAGCCCUGUCAGACAAUAGCAUUUCCCUCAGGAAAGUAGCGUCCAUCCUUGGGAAUUUUACCUGGGCGAUCCCGUCAAUCCCGUUCGCUCAAUCCCAUUAUCGUAGUAUGCAACGUUUUUAUAUUGAACAAGCAAAACGUUCAAACUUUGAUCUACGUUCGACUUGCGCCCUUUCACGGGAAGCAAGGAGUGACCUAGAAUGGUGGGUUAAGAAUUUGAGCACAACCAAGGAUAAAUUGUUCUUCCCUAAGACACCAGGUCUAGAAAUUUAUUCGGACGCCUCACUAUCGGGCUGGGGGGCGUGUUGUAAUGGCGUAAAAACUCGGGGACCCUGGACCUUAGCGGACACGCGUAAACACAUUAACGAGUUGGAGCUUACGGGGGCUUUUUACGCGAUCCAAUCGUACGCCGCACAAUCGAAAGAUGUAGCAAUACGCAUCUACUUGGACAAUACGACGGCCGUCGCUUACAUAAACAAGUGCGGGGGAACUAGAUCCGUUGCACUCACGGUAGCCGCCAAAGCGCUAACGGAUUGGUGCGAACUUCGCGGGGUGGCCGUCGAAGCAGUGCAUCUUGCGGGAGAACUGAAUGUGGUCGCAGACGAGGAAUCACGGGCACAGGCGGAUGCCAGCGAUUGGAAAAUGGACCCGUUAGUUUUUGCGCAGAUAAAUCGGAUCUGGCCGUCGCAGGUCGACCUCUUUUCCUCUCCAUGGAACGCACAGUUACCACUUUUCGUCACGUGGAGACCUCAGCCGGGCGCUAUGGCAACAAACGCUUUCGCGCUCAAUUGGGGCGGGUUGUCAGGCUAUGGGUUCCCCCCUUUCUGCCUAAUUUUUGCGUGCCUCGAGAAAAUCAGGCGUGAACGAGCCACCGUUGUUUUUGUUUGCCCAGUGUGGACUGGCCAGCCCUGGUUCCCGCUUUUAAUGGAGCUAUCUUGCGACGUACCGCGACUCCUGCAUCCGAGCCCGUCAUUGCUAACCUCGGCGCUAGAAGAAUCCCAUCCGCUGUUGGAGUCCGGCGCGCUCCACUUGGCCGUCUGGAAUCUAUCCGGCGCAGCUUCAAAGAGCGAGGAUUUUCGUCGCAGCUGGUCUCACUACUCGUGGGAGGACGCCGUCCCAAUACCAAUGCUGCCUACGAGUCGGCGUGGCGCAGUUGGGUGGCUUGGUGCAUGGGAAGGGGUAAAGAUCCCAUGUCAAAUGAUCUGGUAA